AUGGCGGUCAUUCUCUUUGACGGCAAGGUCGUCGAACGUCUGGCCUUUGGGUUGUGGACGGGCGUUCAUAUCGUGAACACGAUGAACGAGCGACACGGGAAGGAAGUGUGGUCUUGCCCUCUAGCGUUUCCAGCCAAGGGUGAUGUUGGGCCCGGCAAGAAGGGGAUCGGCCUCAUCACGGUUAAAUUGUACUACGGGUCUCUGACCCCUGAUCCAGAGCGUGUCGAGGCGGCUCGGGCGGUAUCAGCAUCUGGGACGGUCUUGGAUAAGCGGAAACGGUGCGCUGCAACCGACCUCUGUACUGCAGCUCCCGCUGAUCGCUCUAGGAAGUCGACCAGUCACGAUUCCUCGUUGGCCGGUGCAGGCCCCAGUCUGCCGGUCCGCGACACCGUCUCGGUGUUCGAAUAUCGUGACUCGGCGACAAGGCAUUUCCACGAGUUUAGCAUCAGAUACUGCAAUCGUGAUGUUCUGGAUAGGGAGCUUGCCAAAGACGAUGCGGCACAAGCGACCAAGGCCACCUCUUCAUCCGCUCUUCGAACGGUCGCCGGAGCUCCUGCUCGUCCUCCAAGAGUCAGAGCAAAGAGCCGGCGAUCGAACACCAACGCAAAGCCUCGCACGCCAAAAGCACAAGUAUCACCGAAAUUAGAUCCCUUACGUCCACGUUCACCUCCACCUGUUCCCGAGCCGGUACUCAGACCCACACCUUCACCCGAACCUGGACCCGCAUCUCUCCCAGCCUCGCCAGCUGUGCCUUCACGCGCAGAGCAAUCGCCUUCACCAUCUCUGUCACCUUAUCCCACCCCCGCUGGUUCCCCUGCUCCGCCCCUUCACGAAACGAUGAACCCCGUCUCUCAGGAUGUAAAAUUCACUGUCGAUAUGUCGAUCCCCGAUCACGAGCCGGCAAAUGCUGCAUCUGGCUCAUCAGUGCCCAAUCCGCCCUCGUCCGCUUCGCGUAAGCGUCCGCGCCGAAGCUCGUCCGCCCGGUCCGAUUUGUCCUCCAGCUCUUCCUCAUCUUCGUCAUUCGAAUCGGACGCUGGUCCUCCAGGCGGUACGUCCAGCUACAUACCACCGCUCUCCGUUGUCGAUACCUUCGACACCGCCUUGGAGCGCCUCAAGACCCGCGGCCUCUCCAUCCUCCAUGACCAUUCCGAAGCCGUACCCCGGCCCCUUACCCGCCUUCUCGAAGCUCAAGGACCGGGCACCCAUGUUGGCUGGGUGGAGGGGACUGGCACGGACGGUCUGCAUAAGACUGAAGUAAUGACUGCGGCGGUCUGGAGGGCGGGAGGGGUUGCAAUUGAGGCGUUCCCGGGGCCGGUACCGUUGGCGGUGGACGAAGGAGCAGUAGCUGGAGCAGCUGCAGCGGGAGGAGAUGAGGUGGGGGCAUCAGCGGCGAGAGCGGCGGCGGCGACCUCGGAGGCGUUGAUGUCGGCGUCGAUGGCCGCAUCAGUGGAGACGUCCUCGAUGCCCUCGAAGGAGGUCGCGGAGAAGGCGAGCGACGGCGCGGGGGAGGCAGCGCGUUUCUGGGGGAUGGUCUUUGCGGUGGAUUUGGGCUUGGCCAUCUUGAGCAAGGAGGUGUUGGAUGUGGAUGUGGGAGGUGUGGUGGGUGUGGUGGGUGUGGAGAGUGAGAUGAGAGAGAAGGGGAAAAGUUGA